UAUCUGAAUCCAAGGCGGAAAUGGUACCGUGUAGAAGCUACCCCAUUGGUUCGUGAAGAUCAUAGUUUGAGAGGGUUGAGAAGCAGCGAUGAUGAAACUGUUCGACGCCCACUGUCACCUGCAGGACCCCCGAGUCUUAGACAAGGCACCCCAACUCAUUAAUACUGCCCUUGACACUGGGGUUGUCUGCUUUGCCGUUAACGGAGUUUCCGAGAAAGACUGGCACUUUGUUAAGGACUUGAGCGACACUUAUCCUUCUGUCAUUCCUUGCUUUGGCCUCCAUCCAUGGUUUAUUGCGGAGAGAAGCCCCAGUUGGUUGAAGUCCCUCAAAGAAUAUUUUGAUGCUACACCCUCUGCUGCAGUCGGAGAGAUUGGUGUGGACAAAGGACCACUUGCAACGCAUUCUAAUUUCUCAGAACAGGUUGAAGUACUGCGGCUGCAGCUUGAGCUAGCAAAAGAAUUGAACAGGCCAGCAUCUGUCCACUGUGUUGAUGCUUUUGAUGAACUUCUUCAGCUGAUGAAGUCCAUCGGGCCAUUUCCCGCUGGUGUCAUCCUUCAUUCCUACAUAGGUUCUGCGGAGAUGGUUCCUGAAUUUCACAAGCUUGGGGCUUAUUUUUCCUUCUCUGGGCAUCUUUUGUUUCUAAAACCAGACAAGGCGGAGGAAAUGCUGAAGAUGGUACCAUGUGAUAGGGUUUUAUUGGAGACAGAUGCGCCAGAUGGACUACUGAGAUCAAACGUAGAUUCUCUGUUUCUCGUUGAAGGGGAUCCUUCUCUCCCGCCGGACCUUCGUGGCCAAACCACUCUUUCCUCAAAUUCUGGCUUCCCCAUUGAUGCUUCAACGUUGCCAAAGGAAACACUCAAUCAUCCAGCAAACAUUCGCAACGUACUGGGUUACGUUGCGUCCAUGCUGGAGAUUCCUAAAGAAGAACUUGCUGAAUUAAGUUACCAAAAUGCUGUCCGCCUAUUCUCAUAUGAAGGUUCCAAACUAAUCAAAACGCCAACAAAACCAUAACAAAAGAUACAAUAUAUAUAUAUAUAUGUAUAUAUAUUGAGCCGACAUGUUAAUGUGCGGCGAUGGUUCGCUUGUAUGUCCCCCAAAUUUGGUUGUCUUUUCCUAAGAAGGAUGUGUCUCGGGCAGGGCUUAGUCAAUAUUAAUGUCAAUUAAAUUAAUUACUUGUGGGUCCGGGGAGCAUGAAAGUAAAGUGUCCAUGUCAAACACCGGACAAAUUUACGUCUGGGUGUUUGGGUAAUGAUUUUAAAAGUAAAAUAAGGAUAUGGGAAAAUUUUAUUUCAAUUUAUGUAAAAAAUAUUAUUGUGGAAAACUAAACACUCUCUAAAUUUAUGUAUUCAUAAUAUAUCGAAUUGUUAAAGUUGAGUCGUCAAAUUGAUGAAAUGUACACCCUUCAUAUAGUUUUUUAUAAGUUAAUAAAAUGGGAGAAAUUUUUAUUAUCAA